AUGGAAGCGAUUGCAUCGCUUGCCGCAGCUACAGGCACAGCCAGAACUUCACCAUCGCCGGCUUGUUCGUGCCAUGUUUACUGGAAGAGAUGUUUUAUUUGUCAAAGUAUAAAGCGUCCGGCAAAGAAAUUUCCCCUUUCUCAGGCUUCUGCUGAAGGUAUAGAACGUGUUGUAGAGUGUGCAACUAUCCGAGAAAAAUGCAAUGAUCUUUCUUUCCAAGACACCAUAGAUAGAUUAAAAAACGUGAAUUUGAGUGAAAGCGACAAACAAAUACUUUGGCACCGAAGUUGUUACAGUAGCUUUACAAAUAAAGAACACAUCCAGCGUCUUCAGAAGCGUGUAACUGUAAGACAAACGCAAGAUACCGAAUUUGGCGAAGCACACUCAGAAGAAUCGCAACAUCAACCUAGUCUGAGAAGGUCUCUCGUCGAUCGAAUGGAUUGGUCCAAGUGUAUGUUUUGCCAAAACAUUGUUAAAGGCCUAAAGUUAAACCAAGUUCAAACAUUUGAAACAUCACAAAAAAUAUUAGAAAAGGCUGCCUUAAAUCCGGUGAUGAGUCGCAGGUUAGCAAGUACAAAUGAUUUGAUUGCCGAUGAAGGGAAAUAUCAUUAAAAUGCUACGCCAUGUUUCAAAGAACAACUGCUCAACAGCAGCCUAAACAACAAGAAAAAGAAAGCUGCUUUAUCUUUGAGGAAGUUAUGUCUGUACUUCAAUCUGGGAUCUCGAAGGGUAAUGUAUAUUCUUUGAAAUCUGUUUGGACAUAUUUUUGCAGAAGAUAUCAUUCAGCGUAUGGUGUUGAACCAGAAACUUUCAAAAGUGACAGGUUUAGGACCAGAAUAAAGGAUUGUCUUGGAGAUAAAGUAGUUUUUAUUCAGCCGCUAAACCCUUCUGAAUCGCUUCUCAUAAUAUCCGCUGAUUUAGGAGAAGCAGCACUACAGUCUUUGCUUCAGGAAAAUCAGGAAAACGAUGCAAACUAUGAACAAGGUGAUCUUGGUGCCGAUGGUUUAAAAGACGUAGACCUCGACACGGAGUUGCUAAGCUGGCUUUUCCGUGUAGCCAUAAAAGUUCGUCAUGAUAUUAAAGUUACACCUGGUCAAGAAUCUAUAGGUACUAUAGAUAUGCAAAGUGCUGAAGAAGUUGUCCCAGAUACUUUGUAUAUGCUGAUUCGCAUGUUGUGUGCUGGAGAG